UUUUGAAAGGCGAAAAUGUUAGCGAGACUCGUUCUAGGACUUGUCAUCCUUGAUGCUGCUAUGACUGCUCCUACCCCAGAGGUCAUCAACUAUGACUCCGAAACCUACGAUGCCAUCUUAGACGACCUGGAUAACCUGUACAACUACGAAAACAUUCCCGUCAGGCAAGCAGAGGUCAAAAGGGUAACAAUGAUGCCUUCGGGGAGCAGAGAGUUCCCCACUCCAGCUCCACAGUCGGAGGAGGUCCUAGAGGAGGAGGAGGAGGAGGAGGAGGAGGAAUCCACCCCCAGGCUGAUAGAUGGCUCUUCCUCACAGGAACCAGAAUUCACAGGGGCUCUGGGCCCACACACCGACGAAGACUUUCCAACCUGCCUACUGUGUACUUGUAUAAGUACCACUGUAUACUGUGACGACCAUGAACUUGAUGCUAUUCCCCCACUGCCCAGGAACACUGCUUAUUUCUACUCUCGCUUUAACAGAAUUAAAAAGAUCAACAGAAAUGACUUUGCCAGCCUAAAUGAUUUAAAAAGGAUUGAUUUGACAUCAAAUUUAAUAUCUGAGAUUGAUGAAGAUGCGUUCCGAAAGUUGCCUCAACUUCAAGAGCUUGUCCUUCGUGACAACAAAAUAAGGCAGCUCCCAGAAUUGCCAGCUACUUUGACAUUUAUUGACGUCAGCAACAAUAGACUUGGGAGGAAAGGGAUCAAGCAAGAAGCAUUUAAAGAUAUGUAUGACCUCCGCCAUCUGUACCUCACUGAUAACAACUUGGACCACAUUCCUCUGCCACUCCCAGAAAACCUUCGGGCCUUGCACCUCCAGAAUAACAACAUUCUAGAGAUGCAUGAAGAUACUUUCUGCAAUGUUAAAAACUUGACAUAUAUUCGGAAGGCCCUAGAAGACAUUCGAUUGGAUGGAAACCCCAUUAAUCUCAGCAGAACUCCGCAAGCAUACAUGUGUCUACCUCGUUUGCCCAUUGGGAGUCUUGUUUAAUUUCAGAUAAGAUAAUUAGCCUUAUGAUAUCUACCACAUCUAAUUGACUUUAUUCUUUCCUCAAAGCAAAACUUCAGUAUGAUACUUUCACAUUAUGUGCGGAAAGAGAACAUGAUUACACUGGGCACAGCUAAGAGUGUUAAGAUAUGAUGAAA